ACACCUGCGUGGACCUCCUCCCGCGCCGGAGCUCUCAUAAGUGUAUUUGCUCGAAACUGGGAAAGUCGCCCAGACUUUGCCUGCGGGUUGAACUCCACCUGGGAAAAGCGGGCUGCGACUAUCCAGUGACAGCUAUGCGGUAAAAAUGAGGCUGGACCGCGGACCUCGUCGGCGCGGAGAGGCUGUCCAGACUUUGGGCUGUUUUAAAUGUGCUUUUCCCCGAGUUCGCCGGAGCUCUUUGUCUUAGCUAGCGAGUCGUUAGCCGCUUCCGGAAGACAACCUUCACACACAGAAAGUCAAGAUGAAGACGGGGAGAUAACAUUGUUGUGUGUGGAUUAUUUUACCGUUGGGGCAGACCUGGCUUCGGACAUGCACACAUAGACUUCUGAGGUUUGCCAGUCAGAGUUGUUGAGGAGAUAAAAGGACGCUGAUCUCUUCCUGACAGAAGUUUGGACAGACAAUGGAAACCAAAGUUGCCAGCAACGGCAGCGCUGCCAGUCUGUCGUGGGCUCGCGUCUGUAAAGAGUGUGGCCAGCAACACGAGGGCCAGGACACCCACCUGUACGAGUACCAGGAUGAGGUGGACGACGAACUGGUUUGCCACAUCUGCCUACAGCCCCUGCACAGACCCAUGGACACUCCGUGUGGCCACACAUACUGCUUUCAUUGCCUCAGUAGCUUCCUGAAGGAGCAGGACUUCUGCCCUGUGGACCGCCAGCGGCUGCAGCUGCACCAGUGCCGUCCCUCCAGCCUGCUGGUGAGGAACCUGCUGGACAAGCUGACUGUCAUGUGCCCCCACUACGCCGAGUGCCAGCAGAAGAUGCAGCGCUGCGAGCUGCAGCCUCACCUGCACAACAGGGCCAAUGAGACGUUUAUAACUCUGGCGGUCAGACGUGACGCCGUCCAUUGUAAGAGGUGUCCUGUUUUUAAACGGCUGAGGGAGGAAGCAGAGAAAAGGAAGAGGCCCUCGUGGAAUGAAUUAAAGGGACGUAAGGGGGACGGGGAGUCAUCUGGAGAUGCGAAACACUCGGCUACGUCCAAAAACUCCUCCCGGGAUCAGCCGGAACCCGGCCUGAUUAAUCCUGCUUAUGAGGAGAGUGAGGAUGGUACGGACCUGGUGGCUGAGGCCAAUGUGGUGGAGCUGUUCAGAGACGAACCCGAGGAGGAGCUGGGCCUUCGCAUCGUUGGGGGGAAAGACACACCGCUGGGAAACAUUGUGAUCCAGGAGAUUGUCCGUGACUCAAUGGCAGCUCGCGACGGCAGACUGGCCGCAGGGGACCACAUCUUAGAGGUGAAUGAUGUCAGCUUGGCUUCGGUUCCUCACGCCCGUGCCAUCGCCGCGCUGCGGCAGCCCGCCCUCAUCAGGCUCACCGUCAUGCAGGAGAAAGGGUUCAAAUUAAGGGACCAGCGGUCCGACCACCACCCGUCCUCCUCCACUGCCUGUCAGCCCUCUCCCAGUCCCCAUGGCAACGCUACCUCCAGUCACAACCCAGGCACGGUCCUGCAGGUGACGCUGAUGAAGAGUUAUCGCACAGAGCCGCUGGGCAUCAAACUCAUCCGCAAGUCCGACGAGAGUGGGGUCUUUAUCCUGGACCUGCUGUCCGGUGGUUUGGCAGCCAAAGAUGGCAAACUGAGGAAUAAUGACAAGGUGUUGGCCAUCAACGGGCAUGACCUGAGACACGGUACACCGGAGAGCGCCGCCCAGAUAAUACAGGCCAGCGAGGUGCGUGUGAACUUUGUGGUGAUGAGACCUGCUGAGACUCAGGAGGAAGGAGGAAGCAGCAGAGCAGCCAGGAGGGCCCCUGAGCCGCAGUACUUCAGACGUAGGUCCACCUACAUGAAGGACCCACCGGGUGGCUUUUCCAGCCAGGAGAAGACUGUGAGCCUGAAAAAAGAGCCUCGCCUCUCUCUGGGCAUCACCAUUGCGGGAGGGAGGGAUUGUCGCAGCCGCCUGCCCGUUUACAUCACCAGCGUGCAGCCGGUUGGCUGUCUGCACCGGGAUGGCACCAUCCAAAGAGGCGACGUUCUGCUGAGCAUCAACGGCGUGGACCUGACCCAGCUGACCUACAACGAGGCGGUGUCGGCGCUGAAGGCGCAGACGGCCCAGCCCCAGGUGCUGCUGCGGGUCAUCCAGACCGCCUCCGAGGACCCGGAGGAGGACGCCGACGCCGGGGGCAAGGACCAGCCGGAGCCCGCCGAGGACCCGCGGGACGACGCCCUCAACUGGACGCCGCUGUGGACCCGCUGGCUGGGCUUACCCAGCCACAUGCACUGGUGCCGCGACAUCGUCCUGCAGAAGACCAACAGCGAGAGCUGGGGCUUCAGCAUCGUCGGCGGCUACGAGGAGAGCCACGGGCAGCAGCCCUUCUUCAUCAAAACCAUCGUGCCGGGGACGCCGGCGCACUUCGACGGACGCCUCAAGUGCGGGGAUGAAAUAGUGGCGGUGAACGGAGCCACGACGGUGGGGAUGAACAACUCCUCCCUCAUCCCCAUGCUCAAGCUGCAGAAGAACAAAGUCACCCUGACGGUGGUGUCCUGGCCCGGCAGCCUGGUGUAGCACCACGGCUUCCCUUCAACCACACACGCACACACACACACACGUAGCCUGGUUUCGUCACUUUCGUUGUGAGUUUUUGAUCAGUCACGCAGAGCGUUUUCGGGUUAAAAUAGGGAAUGCACACCAGAUGGACGGCAUCGGGGCCUGGAGGCCUGACGGCUCCGCUGGCUGUAAUAUCAGGGUGCAGAAAUGACAAUCAGUGAAUAAUUACAAACUGGAAGGAUAGUUAUUUUCUUCUUGAUUCUGUGUGUAGUUACGUAUAUCUAGCCGUUCUAUAUACUGUCAGUCACAUUUGAUUCAGGUGAUUCACAUUUACGGUGUACAUAGAUGGAAUGGGAGUCGUCGGUUCAGAUGAGGAAUAAUUGAUGACUGCAUAACAAAAUGGCUGCUGACCAAUGUCAACCCACUGAACCACGGUGGUGGUUUAUUCAGUCUGAAAUUAAUGCACUUUCAAAACAUUCAACACAGUGAUGACGCUUCCAUGUCUGUUUCACUCUAACAGACAGGAAUUAGACUAAAAGGCAAAGAACUGAUCACUUUUCGGUGUCCUAACGGUCAGAACAGUCGGUGCUGAUGUGGCCUUGUCAUAAAGGAAACACAAACAUCUUUUUACCAUCCGAUCUGAAGGAAACGGCCUCCAGCUUUUUUAACUGAACUGUCAGAUGUUCAUAUAUUUACACUUUCAGCAACAGGAAGUAAAGUUUGACCAUGUCCAAACUCUGAAUUGCUCCAAAUUUACUAAAUUUUUCACCAUGAAUGUUUGAUCUUAGCUGAACAUGCUGGUAAUCCCUGAGUGAGGCAUUUAGCUUUUUUUUUUAUUUUCUUAUUUUUUUGUAUUCAAAUAUUCGUGUCCCUGUGUCAGUGCUCUGUAUUUAUUUUCCCAUAAUCAAACGACUCAUUCUGAAGUGGGUGCCUUGUAGAUACUGAAGGAGAAAUCAGAAUGUACAAUUGCCUUAAACUGUCUCUGUACCAAAAUGUGUUUUAUCUCAUGCUGUUUAUAGGAAACAAAGGAGAGCGGCCUCAUUUGUGUAGAAAAUCACUUAAAUUCCCUGUGGCCUUGCUUGUAUCUUAGUGGAUGCAAGACUCAUUGGAACAACCCAGAAUGGCUGUGAAAUGUACAGCAAGUAAUGUGUAAAUUAGGCCAUCUGCUGUUUCAUGAUUUUCAAUAAAAUCACAUCAAAUCAU